CUCCCUCUUCAUCCCUACAGCUACAACCACCAUUAACAGUUACAUAUCAUCACAAAGCUAGUUUCAAGUUCUUAUAUAGAAAGAGAUGGCUUCAAGGAACGCUAACACAUCUUGGACUGUGAAACAGAAUAAGAUGUUUGAGGAAGCACUGGCUCGAUAUGACGAGGACACGCCGGACCGUUGGCAGAAGGUUGCCCGUGCUGUCGGGAAGACGGUGGAGGAGGUGAAGAAGCACUAUGAUAUCCUUGUCAGUGAUGUUAACAGUAUUGAUAAUGGCAGAGUCCCAUACCCUAACUACCGUCGUUAGCAGGCUUAUAUUAUUGUCAUCAUGACCUCUCAGGGUUACGUACCUAAUAUGGCUCCAUUAAGGCAAAGCUUGAAAGGCUAUAACCAUGCAUGUGCAUGCACAUGCAUGCAUGCGUGCGUUUAUCUACUACAUACAAUAGUUACAUUAAUGUGCUUGAUAUGUUGUAAGCUUUUGUUCUCUCUCUUCUCUUUUAUGUCUAGAUGUUUCUCAUUCCUUCUCUCU